GUCCCAGUGCCAGAUCCUGUCACAAGAUGUGCAUUGACAUUCAAAGAAGGCAGAUCUACACGCUGGGACGCUACCUGGAUUCCUCUGUGAGGAACAGCAAAUCUCUGAAGAGCGACUUCUACCGCUAUGACAUUGACACCAACACAUGGAUGCUGCUGAGUGAAGAUACUGCAGCGGAUGGAGGCCCAAAACUGGUGUUUGAUCAUCAGAUGUGUAUGGAUUCCGAAAAACACAUGAUAUAUACCUUUGGAGGCAGAAUCCUGACCUGCAAUGGCAGUGUGGAUGACAGCAGAGCCAGUGAACCACAGUUCAGUGGGUUGUUUGCUUUUGACUGCCAGUGUCAGACAUGGAAACUUCUCAGAGAGGAUUCCUGUAAUGCUGGACCCGAGGAUAUCCAGUCCCGAAUAGGACACUGUAUGUUGUUCCAUUCUAAAAAUCGCUGCUUGUAUGUAUUUGGUGGCCAGAGGUCGAAGACUUACUUGAAUGACUUCUUCAGUUACGAUGUAGACAGCGAUCAUGUGGAUAUCAUAUCAGAUGGCACGAAGAAAGAUUCAGGGAUGGUUCCAAUGACAGGUUUCACUCAAAGGGCUACCAUUGAUCCCGAGCUGAAUGAAAUCCAUGUCUUGUCAGGGCUCAGUAAAGACAAGGAGAAGCGGGAAGAGAAUGUAAGGAAUUCCUUCUGGAUUUACGACAUUGUGAGGAACAGCUGGUCUUGUGUCUAUAAGAAUGACCAAGCAGCAAAAGAGAAUCCAGGUAAAAGCCUUCAGGAAGAGGAGCCCUGCCCAAGGUUUGCCCAUCAACUGGUGUACGAUGAGUUGCACAAGGUUCAUUACUUAUUUGGAGGGAAUCCUGGCAAGUCCUGCUCUCCAAAGAUGAGAUUAGAUGACUUCUGGUCCCUGAAGCUCUGUCGACCUUCAAAGGAAUACUUGCUAAGACACUGCAAAUACCUCAUAAGGAAGCACAGGUUUGAAGAAAAAGCUCAGACUGACCCUCUUAGUGCACUGAAGUACCUGCAGAACGACUUAUAUGUAACUGUGGAUCACUCGGACCCCGAGGAGACAAAAGAGUUCCAGCUUCUUGCCUCAGCAUUAUUUAAGUCUGGCUCGGAUUUCACCACUCUCGGAUUCUCAGAUGUUGACCACACGUACGCGCAGAGAACUCAGCUCUUUGACACAUUAGUCAACUUCUUUCCAGACAACAUGACCCCUCCUAAAGGCAACCUGGUGGACCUCAUCACGCUGUAACGGAGCAAUCACUGGACAUAUGGAAGAGGGGAAAAGCAUCCAUUUUCAGUAUUUUCAUUUUUUUACUGCAUUGAUUGACUGCUGGGAUGAAGUAAUAUAGUAACCCCUAGGUGUUUGCAAGGGGUUUUAUACUUGUAUGGUGAAUCCCUGAAGCUUUUCCCUUGGAGUAGGUUAAUAAAAUGCAACUGACGUACUUCUGACUAAAUAUAUAUAUUUUUUCUGACUUUGGAUUUUGAGUUAGCAAAUGGAAGAUGAAAAGGUUUUGGGGGGGGAAAGGAUAAAAAAUAAAACCCAAUCAUGC